AUGUUCAAGAAUGAAAAUUUAAAUGAUGAAAUGAUUGAUAUCUUGGCAGAUAUUCAUGAGCAUUAUUUACCUUGUGAGAAAGUUGUCUACAAAGAUGGAAGCGAAUCUUCACACAUACUCACACAGCUAUUUCUUGGUGGCGAUCAACUCACGGAAGAACGUGCACGAAAUGCUCAAAAGGGUCAUGCUGAUGGUGAUACUACAUUUGAAAGACUGGAAGGAAUCCUUCCGAAAGUGGAGGAUUGGCAUGCUGGGCGAAUUUUAUAUCAGGUAUGUAGUAUAAUUUUUGGCCAAACCGGUUGGGUUGCUCAUUGAAUUUUCAUGAAACACAACACAACUGAAAUUUAUGCUCAUUACACCAGGUGCUUAAGAAGCAUGGGGGGUCACCCAAUAUUUUAUUAGGAUCGAGAGCUGAAAUAUAG